UAAAUUGUCGUAUGUUCAGGACGAGACGCACGGGUCUGGUUCGGCGACUCUGGAGAAGCCGUUUGGUCACCGCAAGUAAAGAAGGGGGCGAUGGUGGUCCGGAUGACUGGAGUGACAGCAAUCCCGAGAAGAUCCCCAGAACGGAAUACGCACCGGGAAACAAUGCAGGCUCCUGCAGCAAACGCGUAGAGGAACCAGGGAUCCUUAUUGAGCACGAUGGACCCCUCAACGAGGGAAGCGAGGGCAGGACGGUAACAUGCUGUUUGUUUAGAGACCUCCCCAGAGGCAAAAACAGACUGGCUUGUCGCCUAGAACAUAGGAAUCACAACAGCUAUAGCAGUUUGAGUGGCAGGGAAGGGAAAAAUGGUGCCGUGACCGAGCAAGAACUCAAGAAGUGCACUUAUGCGUUUCUCAAAAAGUUGAAAGAGAAGUCUCUGGAUGUUUUAUUGGAAGCUGUGGAGUCUCACGGCGGGAU